CUUACUUUCCCUUCUUACAGCCGCCGCGCCUCCACUUCACUGUUCACUCCACUCGCCGCCGCGUCCCGACUCCACUCAAUUCCGGCCAUGGGCGCCAUCGUCGAGAAUUUCAUGGACUGGCUCCCCAGCGGUGGAAAUGCCGUGGCAAUCGCCGCCUCCCUCUCCGCCGCCGUUGACUACGAGGGCGAGGACCGCAUCAGCGCCCUCCCCGACGACCUCCUCCGCAACAUCGUCUCUCGCCUCCCCGUCAGGGACGCCGCCCGAACCGCCGCCAUCGCCUCUCAGUGGCUCCACCUCUGGCGCUCCACCCCGCUCGUCCUCAGCGACGUCGACCUACUCCCCUCUACGGUCGCCCGCAUCCUGGCAGAUCACCCGGGCCCCUUCCAAGCCAUCUACAUCGCCCGUUGUAGGUUCGCAUCCCACGAGCGUGAGCUCGCAGAGUGGCCGCGCCUCCUCGCUGCCAAGGGCAUCCAGGACCUCGUCCUCGUCAACGACGUCAUCGGUUCCCAGUUCAUCACCGACACCAUGCUCCUCCCAGCGGACAUUUUCCGCUGCGCCUCACUUCAGCGCCUCUUCUUGGGAUUCUUCAGGUUCCCGGACACCGUUGGUCUCUCCCGCGGACCCGACGUCCUGCCCCAUCUUCGGGAGCUCAGCAUGUUCACUACAGUCAUCAACACCUGGGACCUCGACUACAUGCUCGCUUGCUGCCCGGUCCUGGAGAAGCUCGCGUUCGUACUCAGCAAUUCGCCAGAUCUCAUCCACCUCCGCAGCAAAAGCCUCCAGUGUGUGCUCCUCUGGUUUUUCACGGCGGAGGAGGUCGCCGUGGUGGACGCCCCGCUCCUGGAGCGGCUCUUCUUGGUGGAUCUUGCGGGCUCUCCUCAGCAGCCCCGUGACGACAGUACUAUGAUGAUCAAGAUUGCUUGUGCGCCCAGCCUGCGGGCGCUCGGCUUCUUGGAGACAAGAACUCACCGGCUGCAUAUCGGCGACAAUGCCAUCAAGCCUGGCAUACUGCCGAGCCCAAGCACAAUGCUUCCGGGCGUUAAGAAAUUGGCCGUUAAGGUUAAUUUUGGUGUCUCAAAGGAGGUCAAGAUGCUGGUGGCCUUCCUCGGAUGCUUUCCCAACGUUGACACACUGCACAUUGAGUCUUUAACUGAACCCACCGGAAGAAAACAUGCCAAGUUCUGGCGGGAGCUCUCUACUGUCGAAUGCAUCGAGUCCCACGUCAAGAAGAUGGUUGUCCAUGAAUAUAGAGGGGAUCAAAGUGAACUUCGAUUCCUUAAGUUCAUUUCCAGGAGAGCGGAAGUGCUACAAACUUUGUAUGUUCUGCUAAACAGAGAGAGUCUUACUUCGGUGGCCAAGGUGAGAAAGAUGACACGCAGAUUGGUGGCUCUCUCGCGUCUAACAUGUUGCGGUGACUGUCAGAUAAUGGUGCUUGGCCCUGAACUUCAGAAUGAUUGGAGCUUCCAGAAAGCAUCCGAUAUUACUGUCGAUGACCCGUUUCACUGGUGAACUUGAGGUUGGUUAUAUAUUUGCAUGAUCCAAAGCUUUUUUGGUGGUUAAUCAUGUACUGUUCUACAUGCAAGGACACUGUUUAGUGUGUAGGCAAGUAUGUCUGUUCUUGUUUCAUUCAGAAUGCACUGUUAUGUACCAUCUUAUCUACUGCCCCAUAUUUGUUCCUAAUGUAAAGACCAGUAUGCUCCUUCUUCCAAACAUAGUGCGGCUGCUUUCUAGCAUGUGUUAGGUUCAUUUUCUAUUCCCGUGUACGAUGGUGCCUAUGUGAAUUUGAUUAUCAUUAGUGUACAGAGCUAGGUAGACCUUAUCGUGUGCCUCACAAUGAUCAGGAUAAGGAUGAAGAAGGCUACUUAAUCUAGGUGUGUUUCUGAUUUCUGCAUUGCAGAUUCUAUUGCUACAUGACUUUGAAUCUAUUAUGCAUUAUUUGUUCUAGUGUUUCAGUCGACCUAGGCCAGUUGUUAUAGUAACACUUUGAAACAACCUUAGGUAGAAAAAAUUAUCUGCCUUAGUGCUCACCAACCUUGAGUUAACCUGCAUUUUAAUCGUAACAUUUUCUUCUUCUUUGAGAGAAAUGAUAAAGUUUACAGAGGGAAUACAUUUAUAGAUCCACAAAAACAAUGUAGGGGGUCGAACAUGAUGCACACAACAUUUUUUUAAGCUAGUGUACCCAGAACCGAAACAAACUUGAAAAUGGAAACAGAUAUGCCUUUGACGCAAAAUAACCAGUUCUCGUACACUUCUAAUCAAACUUGCAUUAUUACCAAACACUGCAAGGGCUGUAUCUAUGGAGCAACGAGAGGAACCUCCUACCAGGCAGAAAUGCUGC